AUGGCAUUCUCUUCAACACCCACAUUCUGCUUCACUUUCACUUUCACUUUCUUGUUUACAACACUCACUACCACAUCUCUCCAACUCGGUAACUCACAACCGAUUCUCAACUCAGUCGAGCAAGAAUCGGUCUAUCAAGUUCUCGAGUCACUUAACUCAAACAUCUCAUGGCGGUCGCUUUUCCCUGAUGACUUAUGUUUAUCUGGCCCGCACGGCGUUGUUUGUGACUACAUUACAAUCACACAAACUUUACAUAUUGUAGAGCUAAAUUUCGGGGUUGUAUCAGAUUUUGACCCGAACCCGACUUGUACACCAAACUCAACAUUACCCGACCCGGUUUUGUUUUCAAAUUUUCCACAUCUUAGAAAACUAUUCUUCUAUCAAUGUUUCACUCAUAAACCUGUUUCUUUACCCGACUUUUACCGGGUCGGGUCGGGUUUUGAGGAGCUUGUUUUUAUUGAUAACCCGGGUCUUUUUGGUUCAUUAAGUGACAACUUUGGUGGAAUGAAGUCACUACGCCGGUUGAUCAUCACCGGAAGUAAUGUCUCCGGCGAGAUUCCGGUGGGGUUUGGUGAGUUGAUAAAUCUUGAAGAAGCUACACUUUCUCGAAAUGGGUUCACCGGAGUCUUGCCGGGAAAUUUGUCAAAGUUGGAAAAGUUGAAAAUUCUUGAUUUUAGUCAAAAUGGGUUCACCGGAAAAGUGCCCGGGUCAAUUGAUGGGCUGAAAAACUUGCUGAAAAUUGAUUUGAGUUAUAAUAAAUUUUCCGGCGAGAUUCCGGCGAAAAUGGAGGGUUUAAGGGGUUUAGAGUUUUUGGAUUUAAGUUACAACAGAUUUGUUGGUUGUGGGGUGCCUUUAUUUUUAGGUAACAUGAGUAAAUUAAAGGGGGUGUAUUUGAGUGGGAAUGAAUUAGGAGGGGUAAUUCCUGACAUAUGGGAAAACUUGAGGGGUAUCAAUGGAAUUGGGUUAUCAGGGGUUGGGCUUAUUGGUGUGAUUCCAACUUCAAUGGGGGCAUAUUUGGGGAAUUUGAGUUAUUUGGCCCUUGAUAACAACAAUCUAAUAGGAGAAGUGCCAAAGGAGUUUGAGAAAUUAGGCAUGUUAAAUGAGUUGGAUUUAAGUAACAAUAGUUUGAGUGGAAAGUUACCAUUUUCUAAAGAGUUUAUGGUUAAAGUUGGUAAAAAGUUAAAGGUAGAAGGAAACCUUGAGUUGUGUAUGGAUGAAGGGGUAAUCAAGUCAUUUAAUAAAGUUAGUGGUUAUUUGGGUCAAGUGAAGGUAUGCAGCAAGAUUGAAGAUCCUAGAUAUGCCUUUUUAUAUGGGACUAGUUCUUCAACUAGAAAUAGUGGGCAUGUCUAUUGUCUAUUGGUUUUGUUUAUAUUGUUAUUGUAGAGAUGAUUUAUGUAGUUAAGGAUAGAAACUAACACAUUUUGUCAUGCUACCUUCAAGGAAAGGAAAUGAUGUAAUUAAACUUCUCAAAGUUAUAGAGUUGGGUUAUUUUGAA